UGGUUGUAUUUCUUGUUUGUUAGGUAUUUAGAAGUAAUUGUUGUGAGAAGUUUCACGGUGGAUUUAUUCUAUUGACCGAAGCAUUACACCGGGAAUAUCUCGCUGCAUUUGUUUACAUUCUUUUCAAUAUUGACUAGGUCAUGAUCGACUGGUGGUAUGCUGAUGCGAUCGUUCUAAUUCAACGGUCGAUUCAUACAUAAACACACGAGUAAACAUUUCUUUGGGAUUCAAAUUGGGAUAAUCGUGUGCAUACAUUGUAGAGGGUGAAUACACAGCUUUUGUGGCAUAGCGGCAAGACUAACUAUGGCGAUGGAGGCGUACCUGCCAUCCUCUCCCAUCUCGACGGGUCUGGUUGCCCUGGUAGCGGGCCUAUUUUCAUUCUGGCUGUUCAGGCGCAUGCGCUACAACUACCCGCCUCGCCCAGGCAUCGCACUCCCUCUGCUGGGACAUGCUUACAAAAUAACGUUUAAUGACCUUUACUUGCAAGCGUUUGAAUGGUCGAAGGUGUACGGGCCAGUUUUGACCGUCCAUCUUGGUCCAAUGAAGAUGGUUGUGGUGAACAAGAUAGACGAGGCGCUAGAAGUUCUCGUGAAAAAGUCCACAGACUUUGCCAACAGGCUUAUCACACCCUCAGUCGAGAUGUUCACGGACGGAGGUCGGGACAUCGUUUUCAGCAAUUACUCGCCAACCUGGAAACUACACAGGAAACUAUCCUCAAAGGCCCUUAGACACUACAUGCAGGGACCGGCCCUUGAACAACGUGUGCAUACGGCCUUGGAGACGGCAUUGGCGGAGAUGGACGGGCACGCGGACUCGCCCUUUGACCCUAUCGAACACAUCAACUUUAUAGUGGGCAAUAUCCUCACCGGCUUAUGCUUCGGAGGAUCAUACGUUUUUGAGGACAAGGAAGUAAACUUCAUCCUAGAGCAAGAGGACCUUCUGCUCUCGGACGGGCUGGCUUCAGGGACCCUGGAAGACUUUCUGCCACCCAUCAGGCACGUUUACAAGUCACAGGGAUUCCGAAGACUAGAGCAGUUCUACAAGGACAUAAUAGAGGACUUCAUAGGAAAAAAAUACUAUGAGGAAAAGAAGACAUUUAAACGAGACGAGUUGCGUCACCUCGUGGACCACCUUAUUCUUGCUCGUAUGGAGGCUGAGGAAUCUGAAGGGGAUGGCCUUGUCGCCCUGACAGACACACGCAUCAUCCAGACACUUUCGGAUAUAUUCUUUGCGGGUGUGGACACGUCCCGAAUGACACUGCGGUUUGCGCUGCUACAUAUGGCCGCCUACCCGGACAUACAAGCGAAAGCCUAUGAGGAAAUUGACAGAGUCGUGGGCCGUGGUCGUCUGCCAGGGUUGAGCGACCGACCAGAUCUAGCGUACACUGAGGCCGUGCUGCAUGAGAGUAUGCGCAUCGCCACCGUGCUCCCCAGCGGCGUUUGGCACGAAACGCUUUGUGACACAUCCAUAGGAAGUUACAAAAUCCCUAAAGGCACGCCGGUGAUGAUUAACCACUGGGCCUUGCACCACGACCCGGAUGCCUGGGACGAGGUUGAGAAGUUUAAACCCGAGCGCUACCUCGACGAGCACGGGAAGCUCGGACCAAAACCCAAGAGCUGGCUCCCCUUUGGAGCAGGCAAACGAGUGUGCCUGGGCGAGUUCGUUGCGAAACCGGAGUUGCACCUGAUCUUCGCCAGCUUACUACAGCGUUAUCGGUGGUCGCCAGAGGCAGGACGCGUUGUGGACAUCUCUCCUGAGAGAAGUCUGCUGUCAAACAUUCCAAAGUCACAGAAACUUCUCAUGGAAAGACGGAUAUAGAUCUGUAUGUGAAGGAUGUGACAUGAAUUGCAAUCUGUUGUUUUUUGUUUGUUUUUGUGAGGCAAUAAUGAAUAGUAUAGCAGUAUUCUAGAAUUUAAUUUGAAGUAAAUCAAUCGGUCAUUAUUUAAAUGCGGGGAUUAAGAAAUCAUUCAAUCUGGUGGUUAAAUAAUAAAAUUGAGUUACAGAUUGAAAUCCGUGUCUGUCAGAACAAUCGAUAACAUUAUUUAUCAAAUUUGUAAGAUGCAGAAACGUGAAUGAAAUAAUUUUCUCUCUCGCUUUUCGAUGAAAUAUGGAGUUUUAUCAGUGAAAUUGCAACAGUUAAAAAUGAUAUUUUUCACUUCAUAAUACGGAGUGAAAGUAUUAACUUUCAGAAACAUUUUAUUGAAAUGCCAUGUUUUUUAAAAAUGUUUUUUUUUUAUAUUAACGAAGAUUAGACAAAAGUGCAUUUUAAUAUCCGGCAUCAAGACUGCUUUGUAUUGUUUUCUGCAAAAAUGAAAAUACACUGACAGGCAUAUUAACUUUGUUUUGUAUAAUUUGAUACAUUUGGAUAACGGAUUUGAAAUUACCGCUUAAUAAAGUUCUUUAUAAUUGUAAACUGUAAAUUCUCUUAU